CUGGUUGAAAUCACAACUCGGGCUCAGGAAGAACGACAUUCAUUUUUUAAUGGAGGUUGUCUUAUUUCUACACUCCACCGUUUGAAAUCUAUGGACAUUAGCUGAUAGUGAUUGACAAUGCGUUGGUUCAGUAAACGACACAGCUAUGCCCUUCCCGAGACUAGCCUUCCCGGAAGUAGACAGAAGCUCGACGUUGUUCACCUCCGACAGCAGGCGUGGGUCGCUACUUUUUAACACUAAGUAAUAACCCAGGUGCUAAUAGUUAUUUUCGUUGUGCAGACUAUCAGUUUUACUCCACCAACAUGUCAAAAUUAGAUUUGCUUAGAGGAUUUAUCUGUGAGAGACUAACAACGGCAGCUUUGGAGAUUUUCGGGGCCGUUGAAAAAACGUUUUCUGAGUUACAAGAAGAAGUCUAUAAUUCGAAGGAGGAGAGCGCGCGGCUCAAACGUUUGUUGGACAUUGUUACUCUACCGGAGAUCGAGAUACAACGAACAGUGCAAGAGGUCUCUCCCCCAGAGCCCCCACAGAUUAAAGAGGAACAGGAGCUGUGGACCAGUCAGGAGGAAGAGCAGCUCCAAGGACUGCAGUCUGAAACUAAAGACUACAUCUGCACUUCUCUCAGUGUGGAACAUGAUUUUGACCAGGAGGGCUCCUCUGAAUGUUCACAUCUUUUCCAGAUUGUUAAAGUGGAGGACAGAGAAGGAGACUCUCUAUCCACCAACACAACUGAGGAGCAAAUUAAAGCAGAGACUGAUGGACAAGACUCUGCAGCACCAGAAUCAGGCAGUGACUCUCAGCCCCUCUCUGUUGUAGCUGCAGACUGUCCUGCAGCUCAGAGUUUGGAGGAGGAACAUGGAGGAGUGCUGCUUUUACAGAACAGAACACAGAACAACGAGGGUCUUCCAAGGGACAAUAGACCACAGGGAAGUCACAGAGUAAAAACAAUACAUCAGUGUCAACAAUGUAACAAAACUUCUAUAUCUGAAUAUCAUUUGAUUAUGCACAUGAGAACACACACAGGAAAGAAACCUUUUCAAUGUCAACAAUGUAACAAACGAUUUGCUCAGAAAGGUCAUCUUGUUUGUCACAUGAGAACACACACAGGAGAGAAACCUUUUCAGUGUCAGCAAUGUAACAAACAAUUUACUCAGAAAGUUAAUCUUGUUAGUCACAUAAGAACACACACAGGAGAGAAACCUUUUCAGUGUCAAAAAUGUAACAGACAAUUUGCUGACAAAGGUAAUCUUCGUCAACACAUGAGAAGACACACAGGAGAGAAACCGUUUCAGUGUCAACAAUGUGACGAACGAUUUGCUCACAAAUGUGGUCUUGUUGCUCACAUUAGAAAACACAUAGAGAAACUGUUUCAGUGUCGACAAUGUAACAAACGAUUUGCUCAGAAAGGUUAUCUUGUUCGUCACAUGAAAAAACACACAGGAGAGAAACAAUAGUAUAAAUGAGGCAAUGUUUUAUGCCAGUAGACCAGUUUGGUUUAACUUAAGGUGAAAUUAUAUGAGUUUGAAUUGAUUUCCUGUCCAGUGGGUAUUUAUAUGCUUUGCUUCCUCCCUUGUUGUAUAGUGCUGGUGCCAAGCAAGGAGCACC